AAGACAACUCUAUUGAAAUGUUUGGCAGAGCUAAUUCCAUAUGAUUCUGGAUCUGUAUAUUUAAACUCAAAAAAAUCUGUCGAGUAUGGUAUCCCACAGUGGAGAUCUCGAGUAUUGUAUGUGCCCCAACGCCCACCUCUUCUUGACGGAUCACCACGCAAUUUUAUCGAUACAAUCUCCAAGUUUCAAGCCCAGCGGGACCGAUUAGUUGAUGGACCUCUCGAUCCUAUUGAAAUUUCUCAAAAGUGGAAUCUUGAUAUAGAUGUAUGGGAUAGACCAUGGAAUCAGCUCAGUGGUGGUGAACUUCAGCGUGUUGCAAUUGCACUUGGUGUUUCUCGCAAACCGGAUAUUCUACUUCUUGAUGAACCGACGAGCGCAUUAGAUCCAGAAACGUGCAGAUUAGUCGAAGCAUCGCUUACCAAACUAAAUUGUAUCUGGAUCACUCACGAUCCAGCCCAAGAAGCGCGAGUAGCAACAGAUCGUAUUGUUCUUGGAGCACUUGGUUCUAGUUCGAUGUCGUUUUUCAAUGAAAGCAAUACACCAGCUAGUUAA